UGAGCUGCCAGCGUGAGAGAGAGAGACAGAGAGAGAGAGAGAGAGAGAGAGCGAUGGGGUUCCUCUUCCGAGUGAGGUUGGCGUCCUUCUUUGCGGGCGCCGCCGCGGCGUCCCUUGCUGGCUUCUGUCUCCUUUACAAGGAUUACAUGCUCGCCCACGACGCCAUCGCCCAACAGGCUAAAGGUGUUUAUGAAGAUUUUGAUGAACGAUUUGAAUCUCUUAACAAGCGUGUCACGGCAUUGGAAAAUCAGAAGAAAUCGGAGACCACAAAACCUGCAGAGAUUUUUGACUAGCUAGACAUGUUUGUUGCUUUUCAAGCAGCCAUUUUGCUUCCUCCAAGAUAACGAUGCUGAAGAAAUCACAACAUUCAAUUCGAGUUGGAUGCAAAAGAAGUCUUAAAAAUUUUAUUCAUGCACUUCGCAAUGUUGUUUUGGUGUUCUUCCAUUUUUGUACAAGGUGCAGCCAUUUUAACUAAUCAUCGAUGGCUGUCUGUCAUAAUUGCUAUCGGACGCAUACCUCACGGUAAUGUAUACAUCCAAGAAGAUUGGUUUUUCGCUGUGUUUCGGUGAGUUUGGUAUCGAAAUCACCGGUUUCAACUCUCAAAUCAUGCUGCCUGCUGUAUGCCAA